CAUUCAAAAUAUAUGGAUAAAUGUAUGCAUUUGAAAUUUUUUUAAAUUAGCUACUUACUUUUAAUUAUCAUUGUGAAGUUUUAAAAAAAAAUCAUUCUAACACUGUGGUAUAAUUCUUUUAGAAACAUUUAAUAAAAUUACAAUUAUAACAUGUUAAAUAAAAAAUAUUACACUACUAUUUUAUCCCAGACAUUUUCUCCCUGUGGAAAUUACUUGAUCACUGGCAACAAUUAUGGAAUAAUAACAGUGUAUAAUUUAAAAUAUGAACUACAGCCAGAAAACGAUCUAAAAAUCCGAGAAAGUGAUAACUCAUACGAUUUUGAAAUGAUUCGAAAAAUGCAAAUAAAUAGCUUAGUGUCAGGAGAUAAAUUUUUAAUAAUUGGUGGAGUUGGUUUAAUUGUUGGUGUUGACUGGGAAACUAUUAUUAAAACAAGUUAUAGUGAAAAUUCUAAAAUUGAACCUCUUAGUAUUAGUUGGAGUAUAAAUAUUCCUUCUCCCAAAGAUUCAAUGUUAAGCGUAGAUGUAAAUUGUAUGAUACUUAAUAAAGAAGACAAUAUAUUAUAUGCUGGAUGUGGUGAUAACAUUAUUUAUAUUUUCAACUUAGAAUGUGGUGAAGUAAUUCAUAAAUUUGAAGGACAUACUGAUUUUAUACAUUCUAUUGAUGAUUUAGAUAAUACAAUUUCAUCAGCUAGUGAGGAUGGAUCUGUUUUACUUUGGGAUAAACGCUCUAAAACUUAUACGUCAAAAAUAAUUCCUUGUAACAACCCUGCAAUAAGGAGACCAGAUCUUGGAAAUUGGAUUGCAUCUGUUACAAUUACUAAUGACUGGAUGUUAUGCGGUGGAGGAGCUAAGUUAUCGUUGUGGAAUCGAUCAAUGGUUGCACCAAUGACUGUUUAUAAUUCAAUUGAGGAUUCUGGCAUUCAUGUAACUAAAUUAAUGGAUGAAUCAUUAUAUGCUGGUGGAUGUUCUAAAUUUUUUUAUCAGUUAUCUUUUAUUGAUGAAGUAAUGUGUAAAAUUGAAACAAACCCAGUUACUAUCUUCAGUUGUGUAAAUCAAGAAAAUCCAUAUAAGGUAAUGUGUCUUGCUGGAUCUAGUAAUAAAAUAGAUGUUUGCACUAAUCUGAACUACAAAAUGACUACUUUGGGAAUUUAGUUAAGUUUUAACAAAAAAAUGAAAUUAUGUGCUACUCUCAAAAAUUACACAUUAUUCACAAAUUUAAGAACUUUUUUAUUUUAUUGUAAAGUAUUUUUAAAUACAAAAACAUUUGAUCAAUUUUUUGAUAACUAAUUGUAAUGAUUUGAAUUAACUUAAUUAAAAUUAUUUAUGGAAAGUGAUAAUUAAGUAUUAUUGAUAAAUUAAAGUAGAGAAUUGUUUGUAUUUUUAAUUCUUGUAGUAAAUUUGCAUAUUUCUUAAAUUUUAUAUUAAUUGUAUUUAUAUGUAUAAAUUUUUUUUAUUGAUA